UAGCGGAAGCUUAGCUAGCAGAACACAAGAACACCACACUCGGAAGUCACGAUCGUCGUUGUAUCAUUAACCACUAUUAGCUAGCUCUAGCUUGUCGGGAAAGGCGUCUUGUGCAGAUAGUCUGGUGGUCUUGGAAAGGAUACACUGUGAUCUUGUAUCUGGUCGUUACUUUCUUUUACAAGUUUGGAUUGAGGGAGUGAAGAAUAGUGAAUGGAAUAUGGAGUGUGUACUGAUUCCAGGAGCUCUUGAUGAUUUGGAAAGUAAAAAAGAGACAGUCAUUGAUGACCCAGAGCGCAAUGUGUACACCCGCUUUAUGAAGUCUCAUCGGUGUUAUGACCUGGUGCCAACCAGCUCCAAAUUGGUGGUGUUUGAUACAUCACUUCAGGUUAAGAAGGCUUUCUUUGCGCUGGUGUCAAAUGGCGUGAGAGCAGCCCCCUUGUGGGACAGUAAGAAGCAGUGUUUUGUUGGUAUGCUGACCAUCACAGACUUCAUAAACAUCCUCCAUCGCUACUACAAGUCACCUUUGGUUCAAAUAUAUGAGCUGGAAGAGCACAAAAUAGAGACUUGGAGAGAAUUGUACCUUCAAGACUCUUUCAAGCCCCUUGUCAGCAUAUCCCCCAAUGCCAGUCUGUAUGAUGCUGUGUCAUCUCUGCUGAAAAAUAAGAUCCACAGACUGCCUGUCAUCGACCCCUUAACAGGAAAUACCCUCUACAUUCUUACACAUAAGAGGAUCCUAAAGUUCCUUAAACUUUUUAUAUCGGAGAUGCCGAAACCAGCCUUUUUAGGAAAAACCCUAGAGGAGCUAGGUAUUGGGACAUUCCAAAAGAUUGCAGUGGUGCGCUCUGAUACCCCCAUCUACACAGCACUGGGCAUCUUUGUGGAGCAGCGAGUGUCAGCUCUGCCUGUAGUGGAUGACAAUGGUCGAGUAGUGGACAUCUACUCCAAAUUUGAUGUAAUUAACCUGGCAGCAGAAAAGACGUAUAACAACCUGGAUGUGACCGUGACCAAAGCCUUGCAGCACCGCUCCCAAUACUUUGAGGGUGUGCUCACUUGUAACAGACGGGAUACGCUGGAGGCCAUCAUCAAUAGACUGGUGGAGGCAGAGGUGCAUAGGCUGGUGGUGGUGGAUGAGCAGGAAGUGGUGAUGGGCAUUGUGUCCCUCUCAGACAUCCUUCAAGCUCUGGUGCUCACCAACGGAGACGAGGGAACUGCUUGAUCGAUUUACAAAGGGAAGGGGCUGAAAAAUAAUUGGAAGUAGAUCAUAGAAGAAAGGGGGCAGGAAGAGUGGGAGAAGGAGGGGCACGUCAGAGGGGUUCAGUGUGAAUGUCUUUGUGUAGGUUCCUGUCCUGUGUUAAGCACAUGACAAUCUCUUUCCCUCCCUCCCUCUUCGCAACAAUGUGGAGUCUGUUGACUUUGUCAGUGUAGCAAUAUAGAAACAUUAUGUGAGUAACAACUAAGGGAUAUACAGAACUGUUAACCAAGCCAAAACUCAAGCAACCCCAAAAAAUGAGACAGACCUUCUGAAGUGGACCCAAAGUCUCAAGCCAGCCCAGUUACUCUAGAAUUUGUAGUUGAAGUCCUACAUUAAUUAGAUUUUGUUACUUAACAAAGAACUAUGUUAAUUUGUCUGACCAAUCAAUUCUCAGUGGCUAAGUAUUCUGAUAGUAUAUUUGGAUUUAUGAAGUCAUGUAUGGGCCUCAUUCAUCCUUCAGGGAUGGUGUCUUGCUGCUCAUCUGGACAAUUCCAGGAUAGCGUGUCAUAGGUUGGAUGUUGCUUUCCAGCUUUACUGAAAUUCUGUUUGCAGCAUCAUAUAUUACUCUAUCAUAAUGAUGCGAUCAUGGAUGUAUUAUCUUGACAUCUCCCCAGUUCUCGUGUGCUGUGCAGCCUAACUGCAAUGUAGCUUGUUUGGAAAGCUCCUAAAGCUAUCUUAGCGGUAGUAAGAGGAUGUAAAUUGUAGCGUAAAUGUUUUUAACAACACACUUUAUUUUAAAUACACAACCACUAAAUAUGUGUGUUCUUAUCUUGAGUUAUCAUUGACUUAUAUUUGGCAUUCUCAUAUUCUGUUUGUUUUAUUGUAUUUUAUUUCCUUGUGAUUUUUAUAUAUUUUAAGUUGAAGUAUUGUUUGAAAUGUAAGUGUUGGAAACCACAUUGGGACAAAAUACAAAUGCAGAAAUAGAUCCUGAUUAUAAUAUUAAACACCUUAUUUAAUAAUGAAUGUUUUUAUGGCUUGUGCUUCACAAUCAUUAGCAUCACAAUCUCUCAGAAGUCAAUUGGGGUAUUUUGACCAAGGAAAUGCAAACUUUCAGUUUCAGAGUCCAGUGAAAAUGUGUGUUCCUCUGAUGUCAUGAGAUUUUUAUUCUGGAAACAUUCCCAGUUCCACUUAUGUUUGGAUGUGUUGAAUGCAUAUGAAAUGGUUUGUCAUUUACAUUUAGUUAUGUAUUGGACAAAAAGGGGGACCAUCUUGCUGCAGUGACUGUGGCCUCUUUCGUUCGAAGCACGUACGAAACACAACUUUAGCUUUACAAUUACAACCAGCACUUUCCUCAUGCACAUGCUCCAAAGGCUCACCUUUCAUGCUUCAGCAUAUGAAAGAGAGCUCAUUGCACCAUUGAGUCAGUAUACUUUCAAAUGCAAAAAAAGUUGAUACUCUGGUUAUAACAUUGAUGAGAUGUUAUCAAUGAAAGUGCAGUUUUGUUUUCUACACUUCAAUUUAAUGCAUGAGCAAAUAAAUAUUUUCUCUUUGA